AUUCAUAACAUUUACCAACACUAAGCUCUAUCGAUAAAUUAUCGUUUCUGCUUAAUCUUUUCCGUCAUAGUAAUUAAUGUAAACAAAACUAAAUUUUCCGGCAUCGCAAAGAAAACUUAAUAAUAAUGGCCGAUGCAUGGGACAUAAAGUCACUUAAAACAAAGCGCAAUACUCUGCGUGAAAAAUUGGAAAAGCGCAAAAAGGAACGAUUCGACAUACUGUCAGACAAACAAGAGGAUCAGUCGAACCCAAAAAAAGAGCUCGUUGAAGCCGAUGUAGACGUACAAAAAGCUGUACUUCAAGCGCUCAGUGCUAGCACUCUUGUGCUACCCAUUGUCUCCACGCAAGUUGUUGAUAAGGUCGGUUGUCUCAUGGAGAAGCCGCCAACGAUGGAAAUGGUCAACUUUAUACUCGGAAAGCUAGCUAAUCAAGGCGCUAUUGGAAUAAGAAAUGUCACAAUUGGUACAGAAGCUGGCUACGAAGUGAUCUCCGUACAAAAUAAGGAGCUGCUAGAGAUAUAUGAUGAUAUUAACGACAGUUGCCAGCAGAGUGAGGAGACGGAUGCUAAACGGAAGUCAGUAGAAACUGGGCAGGAUGAGGAGAAAGAUGCUGAGCGGUUACAACGCAAAAUACAAAAAAUUGACACAGGGACCGCACGCAAAGAGUCCACCAGCCUGGAUGCUUCCGAUGAUAUCAUGAUGUUGUUGUCCCUGCCCUCGACACGCGAAAAGCAAAGCAAGCAGGUUGGCGAGGAGAUACUCGAACUGCUGACCAAACCAACAGCCAAAGAGCGUUCAGUUGCAGAAAAGUUUAAAUCUCAUGGUGGUGCACAAGUCAUGGAGUUCUGCUCACACGGCACUAAAAUAGAGUGCCUUAAGGCGCAGCAGGUCGCCAACGAAAUGGCGGCAAAAAAGAAACUGGAGCGCCGCGAAGAGAAAGAAUUACGGAAUGCGGUUUCCGCCGAUGGGGCUAUUGCCAAUAGCAGUAAACUAGUCAAGUUGAGUUCGGAGGAUGCCGAAGAUGGUGAAAUUAUAGCAGAGACUCUAAACAAUUGUGACGCCGACUCGCAGGAAUCCACAGAUGACAGUGAAUCCUCUGGGGACUCAGACAAAUGCACAAAGCUGCAUUUUAAAAAAAUCAUUCAAUCGCACACGGACGAGUCACUGGGCGAUUGCAGUUUCCUGAACACCUGCUUCCACAUGGCCACUUGCAAGUACGUGCACUAUGAAGUGGACACGCUGCCGCAUAUCAACACGAACAAGCCGACGGAUGUUAAGACCAAGCUUAGCAUGAAACGCAGCAUCGACUCCAGUUGCACUUUGUAUCCACCGCAGUGGAUACAGUGUGAUCUACGCUUUCUGGACAUGACUGUGCUUGGUAAAUUCGCUGUCGUUAUGGCCGAUCCACCAUGGGAUAUACAUAUGGAGCUGCCUUAUGGCACCAUGUCUGACGAUGAGAUGCGCGCCUUGGGCAUUCCAGCACUGCAGGAAGAAGGUCUCAUAUUUCUAUGGGUAACAGGGCGUGCCAUGGAACUGGGGCGCGAUUGCCUAAAGCUUUGGGGAUAUGAACGUGUCGAUGAACUGAUCUGGGUGAAAACAAAUCAGCUGCAGCGUAUUAUUCGCACGGGCCGAACCGGUCACUGGUUGAAUCACGGCAAGGAGCAUUGUCUGGUUGGCAUGAAGGGCAAUCCGACAAAUCUAAAUCGCGGUCUCGACUGCGAUGUCAUUGUCGCAGAAGUACGUGCCACCAGCCACAAACCCGACGAGAUCUACGGAAUUAUUGAACGCCUCAGUCCAGGCACCCGCAAAAUUGAGCUCUUCGGCCGACCGCACAACAUUCAGCCGAACUGGAUAACGCUGGGCAAUCAGUUGGACGGCAUUCGUCUAGUCGACCCUGAGCUAAUUACCCAAUUCCAAAAGCGUUAUCCUGAUGGCAAUUGCAUGUCACCCACAGCGGCGGCAGUAAAUGCCAUUAAGAAUUAAACAAAUACACCGACAAUAAUUAUUAUAUUACAACUUUUAUAAAUACUAGUACGUUAAGAUUAAAGUAAAUAUUUAAAUAGAUUUUAUUGCUCAUUGGGACUUUGCGCGUAUUUACAAGUGUUGCUGGCGCUAAAUGAAUAUUAUGUAUCUA